AUGUGGAACUCACCAAAGUCUCAAGUGAUUCAUGUUUUCCAAAUUGGAAUCGGUCUCGUCAUUGGUUCUUGUUUAGUACCCCGACAGUUUUUCUGGAAGAAGCAGGAUAAAGGGUUUUUUUUAUUCAAGUUUCUUUGAACUUUAAAUUUCUUUCAGAUACUACAUCCAGUUCGAAGACAAAGUCUUUCGAGCUCAUUUCUUUUUAUUCGCCUACCUGGUUGAAACUAUUUUUGUUGUCGCUAUCAUCAUUAUCAACUUGACAAUGCUUCUGAUGUUCAAGAGGAAAUAUCGAUUAGUGAGUUUUUUUUUUGAAUUAAUGUGAAUCUCAAAGAGAAUUAGAGUUUGGUUUCUACAGAACACUCUAUACCUUCUGAGUCUCAUUGAUGGAAGUUUUUCAGUCAUCUCAAGUGCAACGGGUGACGUCAUCGUCUCAAAACUCACAGUUCAAUCAGAAGAUACUUACUGAAAAACAACGACAGGAGAAUAACUUAACCUUCGUUUCUUCGGCAACUUGUGCCAUUGAACUCAUAUAUUAUAUGUACAUAGUUUACGCGUUUGGAAUCAACACUCAAGUUAAUACCAGGGUAACUUUUCUGUUCAAUAUUUAACACUUUAUCUAAUUCAAGGUGUUCUACUUGUUUUACAACUCUAUAAACGAUGUCUACAGUGGGAUGUCCGCAUGGCUGAUUUUGUGUUACUCGAAGCCUAUGAGAUUGCACAUCAACGCCUUAUUGAGGUUAGUUCUGAAAAAAAUGUUCAAAUCUCAUGAAAAACUGCUCAAAAAUGAAAAAAACUUGAGUCAAAAAAAUAAGCCAAAGGCACAAAAAAACACUGAAAUUAAAUUACUUAAUUUUUCUAAGAUGUUUUUUUAAUUUUUCGAUCAGUUCGAUGUGGUUCAAGCACUUAUUUUUUUCUAAGUGAUUUUUUUGUGAAAAGUUAUUAUAAUUUUAUGAGCCCUACCAAAAAGAGCAUAUUUUACAGUAAAAAAAAUUACAGAAUCCUGUUUUUCAAUUUUCAUUUUUAAGUUUCCAAUGAACUAUACCUUCAUGUUAAGCCAUUUUUUGCUCCAUUUAUUAUGAAGUUUUUCGAAAAUUACGCAAAAACAAGCUUGCUCCAAAUUGAAUAAAAUGCGCAAAAAUAACAACACAGCUGUCAAGAAAAAAAUGACUGCAGAAAAAAACUAUACUGAUUCUUUAAAUAAACUCUCCCAUUUUUGGAGUAAAAAUUUUUUCAUUAUAGUUUUUUUCAGAUGCUUCCAACUGAGAAGUAUCAAGAAUAAUCAGAACAACACGGUCGUGAAAGGAAUUUCGUCGGCGACGCAUCUCACAGUUCCGGCGAAACCAUUUGUGAUGAGCCGAAGAUACACGACACCUCUUUCUGCCGCCCAAACUCCUUUUUGA